AUGCCGGAAUUGUCGCGGUCGCUUACUCGAUCGUGGUCGUCGACGCUCAAACUCCCUAAGUCGACGUUCCCUGCACGCGUGACCCCGGCCGAUCAAGCAAAAUACCUACGACGAUGCACUGACGAGCUCUACGCCUGGCAACGCCGUGAAAGACCGGCCGAUAAGCCCUUUGUCUUACACGAUGGCCCGCCAUAUGCUAACGGCGAGCUUCAUGUCGGGCAUGCGCUGAACAAGAUCUUGAAGGACCUUAUUUGCCGAGUACAGUUGGGACUCGGAAAACGAGUGCGAUAUGUCCCAGGGUGGGAUUGCCAUGGAUUACCGAUUGAGUUGAAGGCACUUGAAGCCCAGAAGGGACUGAAAGAUGCGGGGGGGUCUGUCAGUGCGGCAGUCAUACGAAAGGAAGCACGGGCACUGGCAAGACGGACAGUCAAGGAACAAAUGAAGGGAUUUCGCAGCUUCGCGGUCAUGGGCGAUUGGGAAAACCAUUGGAAGACUAUGGAUAAGGAAUUCGAGAAGAGACAGUUAGGAGUAUUUCGCGAAAUGGUUGAUAAGGGCUUGAUCUACCGAAGGUUUAAGCCCGUCUAUUGGUCACCCUCCACCGGCACAGCGCUCGCAGAAGCAGAAUUGGAAUACAAAGACGAUCAUGUUUCUACUGCUGCUUUGGUCAAAUUUCCCCUGCUUUCGAUUCCCUCGCACUUAGCGCAGAACCCGUUGCUACAGGUCAAGGAUCUUACUGCUGUUAUUUGGACUACGACUCCCUGGACGCUCCCCGCCAAUGCCGUAAUUGCUGUCCAUCCAGAUCUGGAAUACACGAUUGUUCAGUCAGACACCCAUGGCCAUCUUCUUGUCGCGCAAUCCCGGUUACAAUAUCUUGAAAAUGUCCUCAAGGAAGACCUAUCUGUGAUCAUUCCAUCGGUCCUUGGCUCAGAGCUGGCAGAUCGGACAACGUAUCGGCCUCUGUUCAAGGGGGCUGAUGCAGAGCCUCAGCCUAUAAUUGCCGCUGACUUCGUCACCGCCGACUCUGGAUCAGGUCUUGUUCAUUGUGCCCCAGGCCACGGUAUGGAAGACUACGAAGCUUGCCUCUCCCGCGGAAUUACUGCAUUUGCGCCAGUUGAUGAUCAUGGCCGAUUCACCGACAAGGCUAUGCCCAGUGACCCUACAAGAUUAAGCGGUAAGAGCGUUUUGGAUGAAGGUAACGCUGCUGUUCUCGAGUACAUCGAAUCGCAAGGACAUCUUCUUACGAAGCAUCAGUAUGAACAUAAGUAUCCCUAUGACUGGCGAUCUAAGCGUCCCAUCAUUAUCAGGGCUACUGAACAAUGGUUUGCCGACGUGGCCGACAUUCGUGAGAGUGCAGUCAAGGCUUUGGAGGAUAUCCGUUUUGUUCCAGCUUCCGGAAGACAACGGCUAGAGAACUUCGUGAAAAAUCGAAGCGAAUGGUGCAUCUCACGUCAGCGUGCUUGGGGCGUGCCUAUCCCUGCUCUCUAUCAUCGGGUCACGGGCGAAGCUGUGCUUACGAAGGAUUCUGUUUCGCAUAUUAUGUCCGUUAUAGAUGAGCGUGGCAUUGACGCUUGGUGGACGGAUGAUGCAAAUGAUCCUGCCUGGAUUCCAGCAUCCCUCCAAGAGACGCCUGGGCCCGGAUACAGGCGUGGAACAGAUACUAUGGACGUAUGGUUCGACAGCGGUACCAGCUGGGCUGAAAUUGAUGAGCCGUAUCGUGAUGGGUACCCAGCCGAUGUUUACUCAGAAGGCACUGACCAACAUCGCGGCUGGUUUCAGUCAGGUCUUCUCACAUUUACAGCCCACCAGCUCGCUGCAGGACAGACGGCUACUCGCGCACCGUUCCGAAACCUUAUCACCCAUGGAUUCACACUGGAUGAGGAAGGUCGCAAAAUGAGCAAGUCUAUUGGUAAUGUUUUGCAUCCUCAGACUAUCAUGGACGGAACCCUUCUGCCUCCUCUCAAGCCAAGGAAGGGGAAGAAAAAGCAAUCGGAGAAUCAGGGACCCAUCUAUGAUGCCCUCGGUCCUGAUGCGCUUCGUAUGUGGGUCGCGAGCAGUGAUUAUACCCGCGACGUGGUGAUUGGGAAGCAGGUUCUUCAAACCGUCAAUACAAGCUUGCACAAGUACAGAGUGACCUUCAAGCUCCUGCUUGGCGCUCUUUCGGACUUCCGCUUAGACAAUCAGGUUCCAUAUACUCAAUUACAGCAAGCCGAUCGGAUAGCGCUCAAGCAUUUGUCCGAGAUGAUCCUUUCUUGUCAGAAGGCUUGUGAUAACUUCGAAUUCUAUAAGGCUGUGAAUGCUCUGAACCGCUGGGCUAAUCUCGAAUUUUCUGCGUUCUACAUGGAAGCUAUUAAGGAUCGACUGUAUACCUAUGGAGAGAACAGCGCCAGUAGACGCGCUGCGCAGACGACCCUGUUCCAUAUUUAUCGCCAUCUUCAAGAAGCAUUAGCUCCCAUUACUCCCAUGCUCGUGGAAGAGACCUGGGAGCACACCCCUGAAGCCAUCAAGUCGCAGUGCGAGCAUCCUUUGAAGCGUGUUGUGUCUGUGCCUGCCUCGGAGUGGCAAGACAACUCCCUUGAGACAGACUACCAGGACCUUGUUGCUGUCCACUCAGUUAUUAAGAAUGCUCAGGAAACGGCCCGGGGCAAGAAGGAAAUGGGUUCAUCUCUCCAGUCCUUUGCCCACAUUGUUCUUCCUCGGGGCGUCAGCAACUCCGUAUUCCAGCGAUCUUUAACUGAGCUUCCCGAUAUCUUUGUUGUCUCAUCCGUCACACUUGGAACCGCUGGCGAGCCAAUUCCGGCUACCAUUGCAGAAGCGGAAUGGCAAUACAGCGAGGACUAUGAACUUCCUAGUGGAGAAAAGGGCACCGUAUAUGUUUAUACCCCACAGGCUGGCAAAUGCCCGCGGUGCUGGCGCUAUGUUGUCCCAGAAUCGCAGGCUGAGGAGUCUGUUUGUGAUCGCUGUGAGAACGUUGUCAGUGAGCUUGAUGCGUCUGCAGCGGCUAAGGCGCUCGAUUCGCCGUAG